UCAGCGUGUUGACGUCACGGGCCCGGUACCCGAGGAGGCCCGGGGGCGGCUGGCUGCGGGCGGUGGGCUGCGCGUUGCCUGCGGGGCUGGGUCCCCGGUCCCCGCCCCGCCAAGCCCCGCCCCUCCGCCUGCUAGGGCUUCCGUGGGCUCAACCACGGAACCGCUGUCCCCGGGCCAGCCUGGGGCCGCCGGCCCGAAACCACCCGAUGAGGGAUGGUGAAGCUGGAAAAGGGCUCCGCUAACCCUCCUCCAGGAUGAACCCUCCGCAGGAAGACAUGGAGAACGCCCUCACAGCGAGCCAGAGCUCUCACGCGUCCUUGCGCGACGUUCACUCCAUCAACCCUGCACACCUCAUGGCCAGGAUUGAGCCCUAUGAAGGAAGGGAGAAGAAAGGGAUAUCUGAUGUCCGGAGGACUUUCUGUUUGUUUGUCACCUUUGACCUCUUAUUUGUAACAUUACUGUGGAUAAUAGAGUUAAAUGUGAAUGGAGGCAUUGAGAACACCUUAGAGAAGGAGGUGGUGCGCUAUGACUACUACUCCUCUUAUUUUGAUAUAUUUUUGACGACAGCAGUGACCAGUGCCUUUUUACUUGCAAAAGUGAUCCUCUCAAAGCUUUUCUCUCAAGGGGCUUUCGGCUACGUGCUGCCCAUCAUUUCGUUCCUCCUUGCCUGGAUUGAGACGUGGUUCCUGGAUUUCAAAGUGUUACCUCAAGAGGCAGAAGAGGAAAACAGACUCCUGAUAGUUCAGGAUGCUUCAGAGAGGGCGGCACUCAUACCUGGAGGUCUUUCUGAUGGUCAGUUUUAUUCUCCUCCUGAAUCUGAAGCAGGAUCUGAAGAAGAAGCUGAAGAAAAGCAGGACACUGAAAAACCACUUUUGGAACUAUGAGUACUACUUUUGUUACAUGUGAAAACUCCAUCAUUGAAAGUCACUGGAGGAAGUAAAGGACCAGAGCUGGGGUCUUCCUGUUGCGGCUUGAAACGCUGUCCCCCCAUUGCUGCCUCCAGCGAACGGCUAAUAAAGAACUUAUUUAUUGUAAUACCUCAUAGACAUUACCAGACCCACGUAAGUUUAGGAGCUGGCCUGUGGCCGGCGACAUAAUGUGAUGAUCCGUGCGGUGUUCAGUGAGACCGAGUCUGAUCUGUUCAUGAGUAGUUGGAGCCGAGUCUUGUGGUGUAUUCCCGAUCAAAAGACUUCUUAAUAUAUUGGAAUAACACUUUUUUAGGCAGGAAAGUAUCUUUUUAUUUGAGUCACAGGUUGGAAUUGUGUUGUCUCAUGUCUCAGAUUUCUUUUGUAUUUCUUUUUGUAACAUCCUACAUUUGCCCUGUGUUUUUUAACUCACGCUUACGCGCUCUUUGUACAAUUUUAAAAAGUAAUAAAAUCCAACGUAUCAAAACGA